UGAGCGGCUCGUAGCCCGAUAGUGAUUGCUCUCUAAUAUUUCUCCUAGAAAGUUACACUAUCCAUUAUCUCAAUCCCCAGAACGAAUCCGCGUCACAAGGUAGGGAGGCCAUCCAACGCCAACGACAAUGGAGCAGCACCGCCGCCGCACCACGAAUGGCAAUGCCGAAAUCGACAAAAGUAAUAGUACCGCCUUGGUUGCAAGGGCGUAUCAGAUGGAAAUGUACGAGGCGAGUCGCAAGAGAAACGUAAUCGUCACGAUGGAUACUGGCACUGGAAAGACUGCAGUGGCUGCCCUACGAAUCAUGGCUGAGCUUCAAGACACAGGUCCAGAGAAGCGCGUCUGGUUUAUGGUGCCGAAAGUAGCGCUUUGCCAACAGCAAUGCGCAGCACUGCAGACGCAAAUUCGAUCUGUCCAGAUUCGGUCUUUCUCCUCUCUCGACAACGUUGACAAGUGGAAAAGCAAGAAGUUGUGGGAUGAUGCCCUGACCAAUGUCAGGGUCGCUGUUGCAACAUACGCCGUCCUGCAAAAUGCGCUGGACGAUGCGUUCGUGACAAUGGAGUCUAUUGCCUUGAUUGUCUUUGACGAAGCACAUAACUGCGUCGGGAAAAGCCAUGCAAGGAAGAUUAUGAACCAUUACUGGUUCCAUAAGCGGGAGAACAGGCCUGUCCCUCACAUUAUGGGGUUGACCGCAAGCCCAACAAAUGGUACUAGCGACAUUGACUUGGCGGAGCUGGAGGCGACCUUAGAUGCAGUGUGUGUGGGCCCGAGGAACUGUCGAGAGAAUCUUCUGUUUCACGCCAACCGUCCAACGGUAAAAUCGGAGUACUAUAAGCUCAAACCGACGGUCUCCUGCAGCACAAGCAUCCUGAGUCUGCAAGCAGCCUUCCGCAGUCUCGACAUCCAAGAAGACCCUGAUGUUCUCCGCUGGAAAUCCGAGGAUACGGAACAAAGCAGAUCGAAGCUGAAAAGAGCCCUAGAGGAGGGCAAGACCUUUGCUCGAGACCAGCUGAAAACAUUCUGCCGGAGGUCGCAAGCCAUGUGCGAGCAGCUUGGAGUCUUUGCAGCAGACCACUACGUCGCCAAGGUGGCCACCAUGUUCAGCGGCUCACUGGCCGCGAACAAUUCGUCCUUUUCAACCUGGGACUACUCGUCCAGAGUUUAUCUUGCCCGGGCGUUGAGGCUCGUGGCAGCUGACCCCGGCGUGCACAACAAGGUCCUGCAACCAGGUUUAAUCUCGGCCAAAAUGCAACGUCUCAUUGAUAUACUCAGCUCAUACAAUGAUAGUACCCGCGGAAUUGUCUUCGUUACGGAGAGAUCGUCGGCGAUUGUGGUCUGUCACCUUCUCUCUCUACACCCAGCCAUCAACAAGGUCUUUCGAGUUGGCGCCAUGGUUGGCACAUCCGAACACGAGCGAGGCAAGCGAGACUUGAGCGACACUCUCAAUAGCGCCGAGAAGUCGGAGGUCUUGGAACAGUUCCGUGACGGUCGCCUCAAUCUUCUCGUCGCAACGAGCGUUCUGGAAGAGGGCAUCGACGUCCCCGCAUGCAACCUUGUCAUUAGCUUCGACGAAUCACCCACCGUCAAGUCCUAUAUCCAACGGCGAGGCAGGGCGCGGCAGCCAGUCUCAGACUACGUCAUUCUGGUGGACGAAGCGUCUACCGGGAAAUCCACUACAUGGCCACAGGUGGAAGAGAAGCUAAGAAAACAAUACGCGGAAGACGAUAGAGAGUUGCAAAGACUCGCCCUGGUCGCGAGAGACGAGGCAAACAGCCGCGAGUUCCGCGUUCCCGGGACGGGGGCGCGUCUGGACAUGGACAAUGCCAAGUCACGCUUGCAAUACUUCUGUGGACGCAUCGCCAACAGUCGCUAUGCCAACAAGCAACCGUACUACAUCUGCGAGAAUCAAGAAUCCUCGGGCUCAGCUCCGGAUGGCCAGCCCUGUCCCUGGAUAAAGGCGAAAGUUGUCUUGCCGGUUUUCAUAGGUCCCAAUCUCCGCGUUACCUGGAGCAAGGAGUCGUGGCUCACACCGAAAAACGCGACCAAGGACGCCGCGUUUGAAGCCUACAUGAGACUGUACGAGGCCGGCUUGGUCAACGAGCACCUGAAACCGCUCAACGCUGACGGGCCAGGCGACGAGCGAGAUGCCGGCGAUUACUCCAUCAUUGACGUUCGUGAGCAACUAGACCCCUGGUUGAGUAUUGCCCAAGCGUGGAGAAGCGGAGAGAGUCUUCGAGGAUACACCGUCGUGGUCAAAGACAGUCACGGAAAUACAGAGUGCACUGGCACCAUGACAAUUCCCAUUGACAUUCACAAGAUGGCGCCAAUCCCUCUCUACCAGGACGGCGCGGAAUUGCGGAGAGUAGAGAUCAGGAAAUCGGCCACAUCUGUCAAGGAGGCCUCGGAGAGCGACCACACGGGUAUGCUGUUAACGUUGGCCUACGGACAUCGUUGGAGGAACCAAGACAAGCAGCAACUCGCUCUCUUUACGGUUCGAGGGGGUAAUGCCCCUGCCAGAGAAGACCAUGAGAAGGUGACGCCGACAGCGAACGACUUGAAGUUGGGAGACAACAGUGCGGCUGCGGCGUACUCCAACCUUGGUAAACUUAUCCCUUUCAUCUUGCACAAUGUUGAGGCACAUCUCGUGGCCCAAGUGUUGCACGAUGCCCUGUGCCGUGAAGGAGGCGGAGACAUAUCGGUCAGUCUCAUUCGGUCUGCCAUCACCACUCCUGCAAGAAAGGAGGCCCAGUAUCGGAAGUUGGAGUUCAUCGGGGACACUUGUCUGAAGCUCCUCACCACAGUGUUUGUUACUGCCAAGUAUCCAGAGUGGCCAGAAGGCUACCUGACACAGCGAAGAGCAACAAUGAUAUCCAAUUCAAGGCUCUGCGAGGCGUCAAUCGCACGAGACAUCGACAAAUUCGUCCUCGCCCGCGUCUUCAAAGCCGCGAACUGGCGUCCAACCUACCUAGACGACGUCAACGACGACGGCCCCAGCGGCAGCGACGACGGCGGCGCUCGGCCCAUGGCCGGAAAAACCCUAGCCGACGUGGUCAAGGCCCUCGUCGGAGCCGGGAAGCUGGACGGCGGCUACCCGGGGGCCCUGGCCGUGGCCAAAGCCAUGCUCACCGAGAUCGACCUGCCCAGCCUGGAAGUCGGCCGGCGCCAGCUCUUCGACGCGAGCCCCGGCGGCUCCGCGGCGCCGCUGCCCACCACGCUGCAACCCCUGCAGACGCUUGCGGGCCAUUCGUUCGCGAACAAGGCCCUGCUCGUCGAGGCCACGACCCACGGCUCGACGCAGAGCUCGUCCUUCGCGCCGCCGUACGGCUGCUAUGGCCGCCUGGCAUUCCUGGGGAAUGCCGUGGUCGAAAGCAUCGUGGCCGAGGAGAUCUACGCGCGGGAAGGCCGGCUGUCGCAUUCCCAGAUGAAUAUCUACCGGUCGGCCGUGGUCAACGGGCGCUAUCUCGGCUUCGUGGCCCUGGAGUGGCACACCGCAGAAAAGGGGGUCAGGCUUCGCCGCGGGGCGGCCUCAGAUGCUGCUGGUGGUUUCGCCAGGGACGUGUUUGACGUGGAUAGGGCCCUGUGGCACUUCAUGACGUAUUCUUCGAAGGAAAUGGCGGCGGAGAUGCGCGGUGUGGAAGGCAGGUUUGCGGCGCUGCGUGGGGAUAUCGUGCGAGAGAUGGAAUCCGGAACGUCCUAUCCGUGGGUGUUGCUGGCGAGGCUACGAGCGAAUGACUUUUACGCGGACCUGGUAGAGAGCCUGGUGGGGGCUGUUUGGGUGGACUCGGGGUCGAUGGCAGAUUGCAGGAAGGUGUUGGAUAGAAUGGGCAUUCUGCCGUGUCUGAGGCGGAUCAUGAAUGAUCAAGUUCAUGCCAUUCAUCCCAAGGAAGAGCUUCAGAUAUUAGCAGGUUCUGAGGCGGUUAGUUAUCAUGUCGAGGAGCGGAGAGUCGCUGGAAACGGGCAAGAGAUGACAUGCACUGUGCAUGUGGGUGGCAGAAAAAUCGCCGAAGUCCAUGGGGAUGGAGGCGACGAGGAGCUUCAGGUGAUGGCGGCUGAAAGGGCUCGGUCAUUGUUGAAGCUUGUUGUUAAGGUUUGAUCGGUACAUGUACAUUAUUCAUUGGGAAACGUUCCUAGACCUGCU